AACUUACACCUAAUUAACACACGAUUUUUCUCGAAAGAGAGGGACGAGCAGCUACAAAAUCAAUGCCAAUCAGCCGUAAAGUUCUGAAGUGGGCCGUUGUGACGGCGGUUGUUGGGGUCCUGGUCGUUUUUGUCGGGCCGUACAUCAUUGGACCGGAGAAUAUAGUGGGCUCGAAAAACGUCCUAACCACGGCUAAAAUGAUCCCGCUUCCCGUGGAUGGACCGGAAAGCAUGGACUGGGAUCCACGAGGGGAAGGCCCAUACGUCGGAGUCACCGACGGUCGCAUACUCAAAUGGCGCGGUGAGGAUAUUGGCUGGGUCGAAUUCGCCCAUACAUCUCCCCACAGAGGGAACUGUUCGAGCCAUAAGGUGGAACCUGCGUGUGGGAGGCCUUUGGGACUGAGCUUCGACAAGAAAUCGGGAGAUUUGUACUUUUGUGACGGUUACUUUGGGGUAAUGAAGGUCGGGCCUAAAGGAGGAUUGGCCGAGAAAGUCCUGGAUGAAGUCGAAGGCCAGAAAAUUAUGUUUGCAAACCAAAUGGAUAUAGACGAAGAAGAGGAUGUUAUCUACUUCAACGAUAGCAGCGACACCUACCACUUCGGGGACGUAUUCUCCGUGUUUCUAUGUGGCGAAAAGACGGGAAGAACGAUUCGAUACGACAUGAAGACCAAAGAGGCUAAAGUUUUAAUGGACCGUCUUCAUUUCCCUAAUGGUCUUGCCUUAAGCAAAGAUGGUUCGUUCGUUCUUGUAUGUGAGCCCCCAACGCAACUUGUGCAUCGAUAUUGGGUCAAAGGACCUAAAGCCGGGACCCGCGACAUAUUUGCAAAGCUCCCUGGCUAUCCAGAUAACAUCAGGAGGACCAAGACAGGGGAUUUCUGGGUUGCCUUGCAUUCCAAGCAAACUCCAUUUGCUAGGUUUUCGUUGAUGCAUCCGUGGAUUGGGAAAUUUUUCAUUAAGACGUUGAAGAUGGAGCUGUUGGUUUUUCUCUUUGAAGGAGGGAAGCCUCAUGCCGUGGCCGUGAAACUCUGCGGCGAGACUGGAGAGAUUGUGGAGAUUCAUGAAGAUAGUGAAGGAAAGAAUAUGAAGUUCAUUAGUGAGGUUCAAGAGAGAGAUGGUAAGCUCUGGUUUGGGUCUGUGUUUCUGCCAUCCAUUUGGGUUCUCGAUCGUCAGUGAUUUAUACGAUUAUGUUUUUCAGUUCUUUUUAUUAGUACCGUGGUUAAAGUAACUUUCUUGCUUCUACGUUAUCAUUUUUCUCAUGUGUGUGAAUUUGAUAAUAAUCAAAUGGGCUGUAUCCGGUUAGAUUUGCAUUUAAAAUAAGUCCUUUUCCCGA